AUGAAUUGGAAGUACUACCUCGGGACUUUCGUGCUACAGAACUUGGAUUUCUUCUUGAAAAAUCAGUACCUAGAAGCACAUCUCCAAAUGGAAAAGUUUCUUUUAUGCUACGUCAAUUCUAUCCUUGUACAGUUCUUCCCCCCACCCCCAACACAAAAAAUGAACCCAUCUAUUCUUACUGGAAGGAUAUCUUACAAUUGUUUUGGCCAACUAAAAGAGAUGAUGAAAAUGAAUUUGCAUCUUGAGGUUAGUUUGCUUCUCAUUGUUGUAUUGUUGACAUAUCAGAGGAGGAAAAAUAAAAAAAUAAAACAAAGUUCAAGCCCUUAACAUUUGACAAUAUUAAAGUACUCUGCAACUGCUGCUUCCUUGCAGGUGUGGUGAG